AUGGCGGAAACACACGAUGCAUCGACAACACUUGAUGAUAUAAUCAACGAAUUAAAGCUAACAUAUGAUGCAUCCAAUGGUUUAUUGGAUGGUGAUUCAAUUCGAAGCAUUCCCAAUGUAAACACGUUGACUAAUUUGAACAAGUUGUUCAGUAACUUAAAGAAGCAAUUGUGUCAGCUAGAGCAAAACGAUGAAGAAGUAUUACAAAAGAUUGAGGUAAGUCAAGGCGGAGGAGAUGAUUCGAAGAAACGUUCCCGUGGAGUACUAGAGGACAUCCAAGACAAUGAUGACGUGAAGAAAAGAAGACUAGAUACUACAGCCGAUGGUGAAGGUGCCCCUGAUACAUCAGAAGGAAAAGAAAGAUUAAAUCUGAAGGAUGAUCCAGUGCCCCCUGUCCAAUCUGGGUCCUUUUCCCAUGAUAACGACACAAGGCUCAAAAAUCCAAAAUCAGAGUACGUGGAGCCACAGGUGCUAUCGACAGAGGCAAUUUCUGCCCUCGGCCUAUAUUCUGAAGAUAAUCACGGUUUGGAAACUCAUGGUAAGGAGUACUUGAAAAAAAAGUAUGGAGUGGCGUCUUACCCAGAAAAUGAUCUACAAGAUUUAUUACCUGGCAAAAUACCGGAUAUAGAUUUCUCCAAAAACAAGCCACCAACAAAUCAGGUCCAAUUCAGUACAUUUCAAUCUUACAUCGAAUCAUACUUUCGUCCAUUUACUAAUGAGGAUUUGAGGUUCCUUGAAGAAAGAAAUAUAAUACCACCAGGGUUUGAAAAGUCCGGUUACGACCCUGACGUGUCACCAUUUAUCAUUCCAAGGUUGGGUAGAUUCUAUGCAGAUGUAUGGGCCGAAGAGGAUUCUACUUUAGCUGCCAAGCUUAACUCUCCCGCACUUCAUGCUAAUCAGUCAGAUGGAUAUAAAGCAAAAGGAUCUAUAAAUUUACUAAGUGAUGAUAAACUUUACACCGAGGAGGUUUCUUGUGGCCCUUUAUCGAGCAGAUUACUAUCAGCAAUACUAAGCAAUCAUGAGGUGGAAAAUGAAGAUGAUGCCGAUGGAGGAAAAGAUGGUGGCGCACAAGGAGUGAAAAAUGAGAAUGGUACUGAUCGUUCCAGCAAUUUACUUGCUCAAGACGAAGUUGCUACCCAAUUGAAUAGUAAUGAAGAUUAUAGAAUAACAACCGAUGCAAACGAUUACCAGUCGAUCGAAGAUAGACUCAAGCGGGAACUCAAGUAUAUUGGUAUAUUUAUGAAUCUACCUACCAAAGAUGAUGGUAAAGCUAAGGCAAAUAAGUUAACUGGACGAAUUCCGAAAAAACUGUCGAUAAGUAUAGUUGACAGUGACGAGUGGAUACGAAAUAAAGAGGAUGACGAAGUUUGUGCUGAGAUUAGGUCAUUGCAAAAUGAAUUAAGAGAGGUAACGAGUAGGAAUAGAGCCAACAAGAGGAAAUUGAUUCCAAUCAUUCAAGACAACAUUGCAUAUCAAGAAUAUUCCACCAUUUUGGAGGACCUAGAUAAACAAGUUGACCUGGCGUUCAUGAAACGAUCAAAGGGCAAAAGUAAAAAGAAAAAAAUAGAUGCAAAUGCACCACAACAACAAGCCGUGAAUAGUGGACUUAGAGCACUUUUGGAGAAACGAAGGAGAUGGAUAGACUCCAUUGGUAAACUAUUUCCACCACCAGAGGUUAUGAAACGAGAACCAACCGAACUGAUACUUGUCAAAGAAGGCAUCGUCGAUACCGAGUUGAACGAUGAGGAGGGUGAUAAUGCCAGUUCCAAUGCAGUAGAUUUAAUCACACAAUAG